UCCCUUCGGUUCUCGUCCUUUACCCCAACGAAAUUCAAGAAAAGGAGAAAACGAAACCCAAGAAAAUGGGUUUCAAUUUCAUGAUACUCAAAUCUCUCUUCUUCUUCUCUCUACUGUUUCUGUUUUUACAAUUACACCAAACAGCCAAAGCUGAUGAAGAUUUCAAUGCCUUCAAUAAUGUCACCAGUGCCAGAAAGCUAGCUGGAAACUGCAAUUGGUUUCAGGGGAAAUGGGUCUAUGAUUCCUCCUAUCCUCUCUAUGACCCUUAUAAAUGUCCCUUCAUAGAUCCACAAUUCAACUGCAAAAAGUAUGGCCGACCUGAUAGCACCUACCUCAAGUACAGAUGGCAACCCUUCUCGUGCUUCCUCCCCAGGUUCAAUGGGUUGUAUUUCUUGGAGAAAUGGAGAGGAAAGAAGAUAAUGUUUGUGGGUGACUCACUCAGCACGAACCAAUUUCAGUCCUUGACAUGUAUGAUUCAAGCUUUGGUGCCCAAUUCCAGGAUUUCAUACAUAAGGGGAGAUGGCCUUAGCUCAGUUACUUUCGAGGAUUAUGGAGUAGAGAUAUUUCUGUACAGAACACAAUACUUGGUUGAUCUUGUGAGGGAGAAUGUGGGAACUGUAUUGAAGUUGGACUCCAUCAGGAAUGGCAAUAUGUGGAAAGGCAUGGACAUGCUUAUCUUUAACACCUGGCAUUGGUGGACCCACACUGGACGUUCUCAACCAUUUGAUUACAUACAGGAAGGGAAUAAACUGUAUAAAGAUAUGGACCGUAUGAUCGCAUAUUAUAAAGGGCUUACGACGUGGGCGAGGUGGAUCAACGUCUAUGUCGAUCCUAUCAAAACAAAGGUUUUCCUCCUGGGGAUUUCUCCCUCCCAUUACGAUGGGAGAGACUGGAACGAACCAACAAAGUCAUGUUCCGGACAGACGCAGCCUUUCUUUGGAACGAGGUAUCCUGCAGGUACGCCAGCGGCUUGGUAUGUUGUGCAAAAAGUACUUAAUAGAAUUAAGAAACCGGUGUAUCUGCUGGACAUCACUACGCUCUCGGAGUACCGGAAGGAUGCUCACCCCUCAGCAUAUAGCGGGGAACACAGUGGCACCGAUUGCAGCCACUGGUGUCUUCCUGGCUUACCGGAUACUUGGAACCAGCUCUUGUACGCAUCUCUUUUCGGUUGAAGACUAGGCUGUUGAACCAUGUUGAAAUUUAGAAGAAAACACAUUGUUUUCUGCAUUGGGAUUUUUAUUCAAACUAAUGUAUUAAUUCUUGUGCCAUUGGGCCAAUAAGAGAAAUGGGAAAUCAAUUGUAAAUUUAAAUUUAUUUUUCUGCACAAGGGCUUACUGAAUUUUAGGACAUAAUUCACUUCAAAUUAAAAAGUGUAAUUGCAC